AUGAGUGAUCCACUCUCGAUCGCAGCUGGCAUCGCCGGAUUCCUCUCGCUUGGGAUCCAGGUGACCCAAAGCCUGGUGGAUUUCUAUUCGGUCUACAAAAGCCGAGACACCGAUAUUGCAAAGAUGACUCAAAAUAUGGAGAACCUUCAAAGCACUUUUCGAUCCCUAGAAACUGCAAUCCAUCAACGCCAAUCUCAGCCUAACGCAAACGAGCUACUUCAAGAAGUCGAUACGGCUACACAGAGAUGCCAUGAGAUCAUUCAAGAGCUCCAGUCUGAGUGCCAGAAACUCUAUGCCGAAUCAGGUACCAGCUUGAAGGUUCGUUUUCAAGCUGCUGGACGCCGUGUCACUUAUCCGUUCCGAAAAAGCACACUUCAAAAGAUCGAAGAAGACGUUAGAGACAUACGUGAGAACUUGCUAUUCGCACUUAGCGUAUUACAGUUCGAAAGUCAUAAUCGGAUUGAAGAUGAAAUAUCGGCAGUCCGAUCUCUUCUCGGGCGGACUAAUUCAAGCCAAAUUUCUUUCGCCAUUCGUGCGUGGCUUCAGGCACCUGAUGUUUCAAUUAAUCAUAACGCCGUCUAUGCAAAGCACCACCCAGAAACUGGACAAUGGUUUAUUAACAGUCAUCAAUUUGCGAACUGGCUAGUAGAACGAAACUCAUUUCUCUGGCUUAACGGGUUCGCAGGAUGUGGAAAGUCGGUCCUUUGUUCAGCUAUAAUACAACAUAUAUUUCGUGAGACAAAACACAAGAGCGAAGUAGGAAUCGCAUUUUACUACUUCACUUUUAGUGAUGAGUCAAAGCAAGAUGCUCACGGGAUGCUACGUGCAUUAUUGUUACAAUUAUCGGUGCAGUUCCCAGACGGUGAAAGAGAACUAGAGCAACUCCGUAUACUGUCCCAGUCAUUGACACCUUCUAAGGAAGUACUACUUCAAAGCCUUCGAAGGUUUCUUGAAAUAUUUCAAGACAGCUAUAUCAUCCUCGAUGCAUUAGACGAGUGCCCCCGAGAUGAUAGCAGAGAAGAUGUUUUGAGAGUGAUACAAGUGAUACGGGACUGGUGCUUGCCUAGUGUUCAUCUCUUAGUAACCGGUCGGGACCAACUUGAUAUCCGACGAUCACUAAACCCUUCCCAUGACUGUGAUCUAUCCAUGAAAAACCCGGGAAUUGACAAAGAUAUUUUUGAUUUCGUCUCUUAUCAGCUAGAAAAUGACUCCAAGCUCCAGAGGUGGAAAGUGCGACAUAGCGAGAUCCAAAAUAAAUUAGGGCAGGGUGCGGAGGGAGUGUUCAGAUAUGUGGAAUGCCAGCUCAACUCUUUUCGACGGGCACGAAACCGAAACCAACUUGAUAAAUGUCUACACACCUUGCCUCGCGAUCUAGAUGAAACCUAUGAACGCAUGCUUUGUGAUAUCGAGGAAUCUUAUAUUCAGGAUGUACGACGCAUAUUGACUGUGCUCUGUUUUUCCAUCCGACCCUUGACUGUUAAGGAGUUAGUCGACGCUCACUCGGUGGAACUCGGCGAAUCGCCGUAUCUCGAUCGUGAGGGCCGAUCCUUCGAACAGGAUGAUCUUGUUGAUAUAUGCCUUGGACUUAUCGAGAUAGUGGAAACCGACAAUGGCUAUGGGCAAACAGUCUUGACAGCUCGCAUCGCUCAUUUCUCUGUCCAAGAGUAUCUUCAAUCAGACCGUAUCCGUCAACAAAAAGCGGAAAUAUUCGCUAUUGAUAGUGGAUCUGCAAACGCAGAACUAGCCCAAAUCUGCCUUGUAUAUCUUUUGGACUCAAGACUAUCAGAUGGCAUUCUGGAUGAGGCAAAGCUUCAGGACUUCCCACUUGCUCAUUUCGCUGCUCUAUAUUGGCAUCACUUUUAUCAAGCAUCUCGAGAAGAAAAGAUGAAGGCUGAAAAAUUGUUAUUGAGGCUAUUUCAGUACGAGACCAAUUCCUUCGUCACCUGGGCUAGGUUAUAUGAGACUGACCGUCCAUGUGAUUUGAAUGUCAAUAUUCAAAGACUCAUGGAUGAUAUUGCAUCGCCUAUAUAUUACGCAUCUUUUUUGGGACUAGAAAUCACCCUAAGGGGUAUCCUAGUGACUUACGGGAAGUCUUCUGGUCUAUCAGACAUAGUUAAUGCCCAGGGUGGAUUCUAUGGCAAUGCACUUCAAGCAGCAUCAAGUGGGGGCCACCACCAGCUGGUUCAAAUGCUACUAGAUCAAGGUGCAGAUAUAAACGCUCAGGGUGGACACUAUGGCAAUGCAAUUCAAGCAGCAUCAAAUAGGGGCCACCACCAGCUGGUUCAAAUGCUACUAGAUCAAGGUGCAGAUAUAAACGCUCAGGGUGGACACUAUGGCAAUGCAAUUCAAGCAGCAUCAAGUGAGGGCCACAACCGGGUAGUUCAAAUGCUACUAGAUCAAGGUGCCGACGCAAACGCCCAGGGCGGAUUCUAUGGCAAUGCACUUCAAGCAGCAUCAAGUGAGGGCCACAACCGGGUAGUUCAAAUGCUACUAGAUCAAGGUGCCAAUGUGAACGCCCAGGGCGGAUUCUAUGGCAAUGCACUUCAAGCAGCAUCAAGUGGGGGCCACCACCAGCUGGCCCAAUUGCUACUAGAUCAAGGUGCAGAUAUAAACGCUUAG